UUCCUCAACCUCUUCCGGAAACAGGAAUUUCGGGAACAUUUUCUUCUCUGAUCUUCAACACAGAAGAUCUGAAAAGAGCAUCAAUGCUGAACUGGACCACCUCCUCUCUCCUGCUGGUUCUGAUUCUGUGUUCUGCUGCUCUGGGAUGAAGAUGAUCUCCAGGAUCUUGCUGCUCCUCAUCCUCAGCUCAUGUCUCUGUGCAGCAACAUUUGAAGUCAGUGUGACCCAGAGCAGCUAUCAGGCAGAGGAGAACCACAGCAUCACUCUGGAGUGGACCUUCACCACCAAGACUCAGGGAUCCUGGAGGGAACUGUUCAUCUACUGCAGCUUGUUAACUUCUCAUGAAGAACUAGUUCUCUAUCAGGUCCAUGAAGGUGUUGAGAUUCCAGAUUCUCAGGAUGAACAGUUUUCAGGACGAGUCCAGAUUGACAAAAACAUCAUCAGAGAAGGACGAAUCAGACUCCAUGUGUCCAGACUGAGGACUGAAGACUCUGGUCUGUAUGUGUGUGAAGUAAAAACUGAAGAUGGAUUCAACAAUGCUAUCUGUCGACUUUACGUUACUGCAGGUAAAAAUGGAGCCCAAGGCAACUUUCCUGUUCCUGGAGGACCUGAUCCUGGAGUUAUUGGUGGUGUUGUUGUUGGUGUUGUUGUUGGAGCACUCAUCAUCCUCAUCUUCAUCACAUACUGUGUUGUACGUCGCUACAGAGGUGAACAAAUUUUUCCAUGCUGGAACAACAAGUCUCAAAAUGAACAAGGGAGAAAUGAUGGAGAUCGCAGAGGAAAUGGUAACCAAGGAGAUGAAGCUGAAGAAAAACCUUUACAGGACCUGGAACAACCAAACCAAAGUGUCUGAAUUCAUCAUUCUGACCUGAAAUCUCCUUCAUAUCACUUGUUGGGGGUCUUUUGUGGGCUCUAGUGUCCCUUAAAUGACAGUAG